AGAGCCCGGGACGUCUUUCGGAUGAGGCCUGCAGCACGGGGCUCCCCAGGGCACGCAGCCCUGAAAGACAGGAGACCCGGCGUGGUGAAGUGGGAGGACUCGGAGGACUCCGAGGAGGAGGCCGCCCCAUGGGAUCCCGGCCCAGAGGCUGCACGCCAGUGUUUCUGGCACUUCCGCUACGAGGAGGCAGCAGGGCCCCGAGAGGCCCUGGCCCGGCUCCGCAAGCUGUGCCGCCAGUGGCUGCGGCCCGAGGUGCACUCCAAGGAGCAGAUGCUGGAGCUGCUGGUGCUGGAGCAGUUCCUGGGCUCACUGCCCGCUGAGCUCCAGGCCCGCGUGCGGGGGCAGCAGCCAGGCAGCCCCGAGGAGGCUGUGGCCCUGGUUGAGGAGCUGCGUCAGGAGCCGGGAGGACCCCGGAGAUGGGUCACAGUCCAGGUGCAGGGCCAGGAGGUGCUAUCAGAGAAGAUGGAGCCCUCCGACUUCCAGGCCCUCCCUCAAACCAAGCCUAGGAUUACAGAACCUGGGCCUGAUACAACCCCCGGGGCCAUGCAGAGGUCGCCGCUGAGCCUCCAGGUGAAAGAGGAGCCCAAGGUUACAGAGGACGCAGAAUUUCUGGAUUCUGGGCCUCUAGCCAGCCCCCAGGAGGCCACUUCCACCCUCCUGCUUGCGGAGGCCCAGGGCUGUGGGAUGGUGCUGGACCAGGCCUCCCCUCACAGCAGGACUAGGCACAGAGAGCCCUCGUGGAUGGAACUCCCUGGGGCCCUAUGGCAAGAAGCAGCUGGGGGCAUCUUCUCCCCUGGGUUUGUGCUCCAGACGGACAGUGUCUCUGCCGGCCCAGACACUGUGAACCCCCACCUCCACUGGGACCUCGGCAUGGCUGGCCUCACGGGCCAACUCCAGUCACCCUCACAAGAAGGUGGCUUCUCACAUGCGCUCGUGCUCCCCAGCGACCCGGGAGGUGAGCAGGAUCCCACGGACGAGGAUCCCCGCCAGGGUGCGGGCCAAAUAAUGACCACUGUCCGCUGGCCAGCCCCCAGGGGUCGGAGCCGAGGCCGUCCCAGCACAGGCGCCGGGGCAGUGCGAGGUGGCCGUUGCGACGUGUGUGGGAAGGUGUUCAGCCAACGCAGCAAUCUGCUGCGGCACCAAAAGAUACACACGGGAGAACGGCCGUUUGUGUGCAGUGAGUGCGGCCGCAGCUUCAGCCGCAGCUCACACCUGCUGCGCCAUCAACUCACGCACACAGAGGAGCGCCCGUUUGUCUGCAGCGACUGCGGCCAGGGGUUUGUGCGCAGUGCACGCCUGGAGGAGCACCGGCGUGUGCACACGGGCGAGCAGCCCUUCCACUGCGCCGACUGUGGCCAAAGCUUCCGGCAGCGCUCCAACCUGCUGCAGCACCGGCGCAUCCACGGCGACCCUCCGGGUCCCGGCUCGGGGCCGCCCACGCCUCCCAGUGCACCCGAGCCCCCUGGCCCCUUCCCGUGCAGCGAGUGCCGCGAGAGCUUCGCGCGGCGCGCCGCGCUGCUGGAGCACCAGGCCGUGCACACGGGCGAUAAAUCCUUCAGCUGCGUGGAGUGCGGAGAGCGCUUCGGCCGCCGCUCGGUGCUGCUGCAGCACCGGCGGGUGCACAGCGGAGAGCGGCCCUUCGCCUGCGCCGAGUGCGGCCAGAGCUUCCGGCAGCGCUCCAACCUCACGCAGCACCGGCGCAUCCACACGGGCGAGCGGCCCUUCGCCUGCGCCGAGUGCGGUAAGGCCUUUCGCCAGCGGCCCACGCUCACGCAGCACCUGCGCGUGCACACCGGCGAGAAGCCCUUCGCCUGCCCUGAGUGCGGGCAGCGCUUCAGCCAGCGUCUCAAGCUCACGCGCCACCAGCGGACGCACACUGGCGAGAAGCCCUACCAUUGCGGUGAGUGCGGCCUGGGAUUCACGCAGGUUUCGCGGCUCACGGAGCACCAGCGCAUCCACACGGGCGAGCGGCCCUUCGCCUGCCCCGAGUGCGGCCAGAGCUUUCGACAGCAUUCCAACCUCACGCAGCACCGGCGCAUCCACACGGGGGAGCGACCCUACGCCUGCCCGGAGUGUGGCAAGGCCUUCCGCCAGCGGCCCACGCUCACGCAGCACCUACGUACCCACCGGCACGAAAAGCCCUUCUCCUGCCAGGACUGUGGCCGGCGCUUCCACCAGAGCACCAAGCUCAUCCAGCAUCAGCGCGUCCACAGUGCUGAGUAGCGAGCACCCACUGACCUCCUCCGUGUCCACCUCAGCCCUCUGUGUGUAGGGGGACACGGGGGAACAGAAACACCUACCUCACAGGGUUGUUGUGAGGCCUACCACCGCAGAGGUACAAGCAGGCUGGCCCAGGGCCUAAUCCCCCAGUUGGUGCUUAAUAAACCGUAGAAGUAACCUGGGUAUGGAUCUCAAACGCACUCGAUGCCAGUCCCCGCCU